AUGAAGAUGGCAGCAUAUUCCAACCUCUUCCAUCUCACUCUUCUUGCUUUGUUGACGACCAUGCCACUAUUCAGGGCCACCACUAGUGCUCGUUCUUUAAACUAUAACCUAAUUGGAUCCAAUGCGAACCUCGAAGCUAGGUUGAAUUUGGAUGAAGAAUCAUCGAACUGGCAUGGUUGUUGUGAAGCCAUUCGUACCAUUGAGCAUCAGUGUUGGCCUGCCUUGCUUAGCACGCUAGGGUUUACAACCGAGGAGACUGAUGUACUCAAGGGUUAUUGUGAUGAAACCCAUCAUAUUCAAUUCCCUCUGUCAACACCAUCACCACCUGUUGUUGAUAAACCUUAUUAA